UUGCUAAAAUGAUUCAAAACUUACACGGUAGUCUUCAUUCUUCCUGCCGAAUCCUAGUCCUGAGAAAAUCACACCGUGGCGACUCCAUCGGCUGCCAUCUCUCUCUCUCUCUCUCUCUCUCUCUCUCAGAAAAGCAAACCCUCGACCUCUGACGGUCUCGAUCGAAAGAAGGAAAGAUGUUGUCGAUUCUACGGCAGAAAGCCCUUCCAGCUUCGAUUUUUGGGCAGUCGUUGCGGAGGAUCCAACCGAGGAGUUUCUCAUCUGUAGGGAAAGAGAUUACCGUGCGAGAUGCUCUCAAUUCUGCACUUGACGAGGAAAUGUCCGCUGAUCCAAAAGUUUUCCUGAUGGGUGAAGAGGUUGGUGAAUAUCAGGGUGCAUACAAGAUAUCCAAAGGUCUUCUGGAGAAGUAUGGUCCUGAAAGGGUUCUUGAUACACCAAUCACAGAGGCGGGCUUCACUGGAAUUGGAGUUGGUGCAGCAUACUAUGGCCUCCGACCUGUUGUAGAGUUUAUGACAUUUAACUUCUCAAUGCAGGCAAUUGAUCAUAUCAUUAAUUCAGCUGCGAAAUCAAAUUACAUGUCUGCCAGUCAGAUAUCUGUACCAAUUGUUUUCAGAGGACCAAAUGGUGCUGCUGCUGGGGUUGGUGCCCAACACUCACAGUGUUAUGCAGCUUGGUUUGCUCACGUUCCUGGGUUGAAAGUUCUGACUCCAUACUCAUCAGAAGACGCUCGGGGCCUUUUAAAAGCUGCUAUUAGAGAUCCUGAUCCUGUAGUUUUUCUUGAAAACGAGUUGCUAUAUGGAGAGUCUUUCCCUGUUUCAGCGGAAGUUCUUGAUUCCAGUUUCUGCCUUCCAAUAGGAAAAGCUAAGAUAGAACGAGAAGGAAAAGAUGUGACCAUUACAGCUUUCUCAAAGAUGGUGGGUUAUGCCCUCCAGGCUGCAGAUAUACUCUCGAAGGAAGGAAUUAGCGCCGAGGUUAUAAACCUACGUUCAAUCAGGCCUCUUGAUAGAGCUGCAAUUAAUGCCUCCGUAAGGAAAACCAACAGACUGGUGACCGUCGAAGAGGGUUUUCCGCAGCACGGUGUUGGUGCUGAAAUUUGUACAUCCGUAAUUGAGGAAAGCUUUGAAUACCUUGAUGCACCGGUGGAGAGGAUCGCUGGAGCCGAUGUUCCAAUGCCUUAUGCUGCGAAUCUUGAGAGAAUGGCUGUUCCACAGGUGGAUGACGUUGUUCGUGCAGCAAAGAGGGCAUGCUAUAGAUCUGUUCCAAUGGCUGCAGCUGCUCGAGCUUAAUCUGCAGCAGCAUUGAGGUUAUUCUUUUCCUUUGCUUUUCUUGUAAUCUUCUUUAUCAAAAUAUUGUUUUCUUGACUUCCAUUUUGGAGUUUUUGUCAUGACCCUAAAAAAAUGAGGCACUCUGCUCAAUAUUUUCUGAGCUUGUGAAAUGUCUAUUAGGCCCUUGCUAAUAAACUGAUAAUUGAAACAGAGGCGAGUUGUAUGAUUUUGUUCUGCAAUUGCAAAGACCGAUUCUGCUUCUUUAUUUGAAGGCAAAUAAGAUAAAAAGUCCCCCUUUUC